GGCAGUAUCAUAAUACUAUGAGAGAAACAGAACGCUGCUCGGCCGACGUACAUUUUUCAAUAUAAUUUCACUCAGUGAUGUGAUCUGUUUUCGACUUUUGAUUCUUUUUAUUUUGAACUGUAAUUAGCGGGGUGCGUGACAAGAUGACACGUCGGUACUUGGUGGUUUUCUUAGGUUUUGUGUUAUUAGUGGCUGUGUCGGACGUUACGACUCAGGAAUGUAUACAGGGGAGUACAGCUGAAAGUUGUGGUUCAUCGCCUACUGACAAUGAUAUCAAAAAACAACGAUCACCUCAAGACUUAACUUCACACACAUCAAAACCACCUGAGAUGCCUCAAGCUAUGAGCAUGCUUGCAGAAGAUUCAGAGGUACCCUUUCAACCAACGCCCGUUCCAGUGACUGAAUCCAACGUAAUAGAUAAGAAUUCUGCCAAAAUAAAUAGUUCGGCAGUUGCAGAAGAACCAAAGGGAAGAGCUUUAAAUUUUACCUUAGGAGGACAUGAAAAUGAUAAUGUUUUGAUGAAUCCUACAAAUCACAGCGGUGUUGAUCUUAGCGAUGUUAGUAUUGGAGAUGAUGAUGAUGACUUUGACAUGGCAAUGUUACACCCGAAAAUUUUGUCGCCUAAAGCUGAAUUAAAAAAUGCGUCGUAUGUUCCAGGUAAAACUUGCGAACAAGGUGGACUAACUUACGAAAACGGUGACAAGGUCGAGAACGGUUGCGAUUCUAUUUGUACAUGUACGGAUGGUUCAAUGAAAUGUACUGACAGAUGUAAAACACCUUUCUUUAGGAAAGGAAAGAAAAUCGACGAUCCUCAUUGUUUCGCCAAAUCAGUGGACGAUGUAUGCUGUUCUAUUUUAGUAUGUUCUGACGAUGCGGAUAAUUUAGAAGAGGAGCCCUUGGAGUUUUGUUCCUAUAAAAAUAAAACGCUUAACAGAGGUGAUAUUUACAAAGAAGAAUGUAGUGAGAUAUGCAAAUGCGAAGCUGGAGGAAAAAUGUCUUGUAAACCUAGAUGUCCUCCAGCUACAAAGACUAAGGACAGAUGUGUGGAAGUACCAAAUCCAGCUGACCCAUGUUGUAAAAAAGUUCUUUGUGACGUAACUUUAGAAGAAAAUGAAUCGGACAAGGAUGACGAGAGAAAUAGAAAAGUUUUAUCUGCUAGAUUUGUAAACUCAACAACUAUAUUAAUAAAAUUAGACCCAAAAAUUGAAGUUUCAGAAAAUACUUUAGUAGUGGAAAUCAGUGACGAUAAAGUGUAUUGGCAAAAACACAAAGUAUCUGCUGGAGGAUAUGUUACCGCUAAGAAUACUGCAAAGUAUUUGAAAUUAGAAAAUUCUGAGGAUAUUAUAAACGUACAAAACUUUGAGGGUAAUCCAAAAGAAACAAAGAAAGAUAAAGACAAGCCUAGUGGUAAAGGCUGUCAAUAUAAAGACAAAUUCUUUAAUAUUGGUGAAGAAUUCAAUGAUAACUGUACAUCACUUUGCGUUUGUCAAGAUGGUGGAAUGAAGUGUUUAAAACUACAAUGUCCUACCUACUUUGGUGUUGACGUUCUCGAUCCCAAUUGUGUAGAAUGGGAAACAAUACCACCUAAUUUUAUUGCUUCUCCUCCCCACUGCUGUCCUUCAAGUAUCCGGUGUAAAAAUAACGGUUCUUGUGAUUAUGAAGGAGUCACCUACAAAAAUUGGGAACAGUUACCGGAAAAUGUUACAGGAUGUGAGAAACGAUGCUAUUGUGAAAUGGGAAAAAUUGAAUGCCAAAACACUUGUCCGCCAAUUGAAGCUCAUCCGCCUCCGAAUUUACCAUGCCCUCCACAUAUGGCGAAACCAGGUCAUUUACCUGAUGAUGAUUGUUGCAAGGUAUGGAUAUGCGGAGAUGAUCAAGAUCACGUCAAAGAAAACAACAAAGUCAACAAAAAUGUUUCAAAACCGCCGUUGUAUGGACCGUUCUCUCCAAGCAAACCUUCUAAAACUCUAGGACCUCUUGCUGUUUACGAAAAUGGGGAUUCAAGUCAAGAAACUAACAGUGUUAUGGGAACAGCAACCAAGCCAGUAGUCGCUAUUGAAGAAAAUCCAUAUUACCAUAAGAAAAACGGAAGUAAAGUAGAUAAAUCUUCCGCUUCGACACCAAACAAAUCGGAUAAAACUAAAAAUAUAAAGACACCUCUCUUUGUUACACCUCCAUCAACAAUUUCUUCGGAUAUUUCAACAGUGAAAUCUGUGGAUAGUCCAAUCCAUUCUGAAAUUGAAAUACACGGUCAUGGAAACGCUGAAGAACUACUGCAGUUUAUUAACCAACAUCCAGAACUAAGUAAUUAUCCAUCAGGAUCGGUUUUAGAAAUUCACAGCGUUCCUACUUCUUCCAAACAAGAACCCAACUCCAUAUCAAAUGGAGACAAAUCACACAUACAUCUGGUACCAUAUGUCGUGCCGCAAAAUUCGGCUGGGGAACACGUUCCCAAUAAUUUACCUCCCGGAUUUUCAUUGGAACAACUUUUGAACGAAUUCCAUAGAAAUACUCUUCCAAACGGACAGGGUUCUUUGCCACCUCUUCCCAAUAUUAAUAGACCAUUUUUGGGUCCACAAAACAUUCCUCUGCCUAAUAGACCUAAUAUAACACACCCAGGAAUAAGCAACAUAUUCCCAGGUCCAUUUAAUGGUUACAAUCAACCGGACGACGAUAUUCUGGUACAUACACUGGAGGCAAUUGAUCCACGAACUGUUAGAUUGGCCUUUAUGGUGCCUCCAGUGAUAGUUAAUUUGCAUGGAAGAGUUGAAGUUAGAUAUACAAACAACAAAAAAGAUUCAGACUUAGAUUCUUGGAUGCUGCAAGUCUUCGCUCCUCCGAAUGACUUAAUUGCAACACCUUCACUAGAAUUCGACUUGCAAGAUCUAAAACCAAACACAGAAUACAAAAUAAAGAUAACAAUAACCUUACGAGACAUCCACACUACACAUAGCAGCAGAAUUUAUAAGAUUAAGACACCAAGAGAAAUAGUAGCAACCACAUUGCCUCCUAUGAUCCCGAUUGAACCAGAAUUGGCUAUUACCGAUAUUAAUUCAACAUGGGUAACGGUAGUUUGGAAGAAAUUCGAUGAAAAUGAAUUGCGAUUUAUCGAUGGUGUUCAAUUAAGAUUUAGGGAAAUCGAUGGCAAAAUAUACGCGGCAACACCGCUGAUACAUCGAGCUGUAACUAGCUACACUUUGGAAAAACUAAAACCGAAUACAAAAUAUGAAAUCGGAAUCUUCUUUAUCCCAUUCCCGGGUCAACUUACCGAACUCCAUGCAGAGCAUAUGUUGCAUUUUACAACAGCUAAUGAAGUAGAUACGUAUGGUUUUAAUGUUACUUUAGAAAUUGCGUUAAUUAAGUCUCAAAAUGUUGAGCUAUCCUGGAGUGGAGUGCCUUACCCUGAAGAUAAAUACGUCAACAUCUACAGGGCCAUUUACCAAAGUGAUUCUGGAAAAGAAGAUCAAAGUAUAUUUAAAAUAGCUAAGAGGGAUUCGCCGACGAAAACCAUAGUCUCGGAUUUGAAGCCUGGUACCAGAUACAGAUUGUGGUUGGAGGUUUACCUGACUAAUGGAAAAAUUAAGACUAGUAACGUACAAGAUUUUAUCACAAAGCCCAGAACUGCACCGUCGUUGGGGGCAUCAACACAACAAGAUAAACUUUCCAGAGCGGAGCAUCUGGAACCCAAAGGAGACUAUUAUGGUCCUCUAGUCAUUGUAGCAAUAUUAGCAGCGAUUGCCAUAUUGAGUACGUUGGUACUAUUACUGAUUCUGAUUCGACGACAUAACCAAAACAAAGCUGCCAUCACACCACCAUCUCGAAUUAAUCAGUCUGCUUAUGACAAUCCUUCAUAUAAGGUUGAAAUACAACAGGAAACAAUGGGUUUAUGAGGAUAAGGAGAAAACUACAAAUGUACAUAUUUUAGUAUAUAUAUUUAAAUUGUUAAUGUGUGUAUUAUUAAGAACUUACAUGUAUUGUACUUGUAGAAAGAAGAUAUAGUAUUAACUUGUAAUAUAGUAUGAAUAAAUUAUAUAUUUAUUUACGUUUGUAA